UGGUGCGCCAGCGCCGCGGCGUGCCUCCCGGACGAGGUGCUCGCCCCGCGCGCCGCCGCGCCGCUCACCACCUGGAUGCAGGCCUUGGGCUCUCCGUUCCCCACGCCCAAGUACGCGCGCUUCCUGAACGUGUUCGUGCACGCGGACGAGCCGCGGCGAGGCAGGCGCCCUCGGUGGCUGCACUACAGGGGCUUUCGCGUGCAUGUGUGGUUGGGCGACCCCGAAGACGGCCUGGGCUACCUCCGCGCGCUGUGGCGCGUCGCCGGCCUGGUGAACGUGCUGAUGCUGCUGCCCGCCGGCGACGGCGGCGUCCUGGUCUACUCCGUGUACCCCUACGGCGUGCCAGGGCAGCGCGAGGGGCCGUGCAACAGCGAUGCUCCAGUCUUGGUGGACGAGUGGGUUCCGGACGCCAGCGGGGGCGGCGGGGGCGGCGCCUUCCGCCACGGCCGCGACUUGUUCCCGCGGGACAAGUUGCGCGACCUGCGCGGCUGCAACCUCACGGUGCACGUCAACACCGACUACCCGUUCAUGAUGCUCGAAACCGACCCCAGCACUGGCCAGGAGGUCCUGGAAGGCAGCCUCAAGGACGUGUUCCGCGUGAUGCGGCAGCGCCUCAACUUCCACGCCGUGCUGCACACGGCUGAGAACGCCACGGCGACGUGCGAGUCGCGCCUGGGGGACUCUCUGCGGCACGCGCAUCUCGCCUUCACCAUGUCCAUCCGCUCGGUGACAGACGGCCCCGUGUGGUACGACGACUCGCCCAUGGUGGUGUGCUUGGUGUGGUGCGUGCCCAUCAAGUCCGUGUCCGCGCUCAGCCUCAAAGACUACCUGUCCUCGGGGACGUGGAGCGUCAUCGGGCUGUCCUUCGUGGCGACGGGGCUGGCGAUGGCCCUGCUGCACCGGCCCGGCCUGGACCGCCUGGGUGGGCUGUGGGGCGCGUGGGCGUUGCUGUGCGGCCCACUGCUCCAGCAGCCCGUGGCCUUCAACCGGCGCCGCGGCGGCACCCAGGUCCGCACCCUCGCCCUGCGCGCCGUCGUCGCCCACUGGGGGCUCGCCGCCGUCGUGCUCGUCGCCGUGGUCGGGGGCUCCGCCAAGAGCGCCUCCAUGACCUCGCGGUCGCAGCCGUUGAUGCACUCCGUGCGCGAGCUGCUGCGCUCCUCGCUGGCGCUGCAGGGCUCUGUGGGUGUCGUGGACAUGCUGCGGCGCGCGAUGGACGGCGCGGACGGCGAGGGCGACGACGCAGAGCAGUUGAUGGAGCGCCUCCGCGUCUGCGACACGCACCUCAACGAGGCGCUGCGGCGCGUGGCCAUUGACCACGACGCCGCCGUGCUCACCGUGGACCUUCGCUGUGCGGACUACAACCGUCGCAACCCUUCGGCCGGUCUGCACGUCUUUCGCGACCAGUGCCUCCGGCCCUCCACGCUGCACCUGUUCACGGCGCCGCGGUGGUCGCCGUACGUGGAGCGCGUGUCGGAGGUGAGCGUGCGGCUGUACGAGGCGGGGCUGGUGCAGCGCGCUCUGCAGACGCCGCACCUCUCGCUGCAGCCCUGCGCCACCUGCGCCACUACAGUGCGGUGGAGCGCGCUGCACAUCGAGGCGGUGGCGCCGCCCCUCUGCAUCCUGUACGCGGGCCUCCUCGUCGCCCUGGUUGUCCUGGCCGCCGAGGUGGCGUGGGCCAAGGGCCUCGCCAAGGGCAGUCACCGCCAGCAGCAGCUCGCCGCCCGCCAGACCACGCUGGCCAGGAAGUACUCUGUGCACAAGGACGAGGUGCACGAGGCUUGCCAACCCUUGGUCGCGGAACAGCUGAGCGAGCAGGAGAUAACGAGGAAGCCGGAGACUUGCUGACAUGCCCGUGUUCACGUUCUGCACUGGCCAUCAUCCGAGUGGAUUUUAAACUGUAGCGCUGUUUCUACACGAAUAAAUGUUAGGCCUUUUAA